UCCAAUCAGUUUCGACGAUUUCGUGCCAAGUUUCGUUAAGUUAUUGUGUAACAAAGAAAGGUUUCUGUGAAUUUCACAUCAAAAGUGUUGCUGCUUCCCGAAUAUCCAGUCCGUCCAAACGGACUGUGGCCCUUAAAACAGUUUGGAAUGCGCUAGCAAGCCAUUUGCUAGAGUGAGAGAGGGUUUAAAAAAUGCAAAAUUGGAACCAAUGGCAAUUGUCAGCUGGUGCUGUUGCAACUCCAAUGCCACAACCACCAGUUGGUUAUGCUGCACCAGGAGCAGAUCCUAUGGCUAUGAUGCAAGCGUAUAUGCAGUAUUAUAAUCAGCCAGCACCUAGUGGAUAUACAGCAGAACAAUGGGCUGCAGCUCAACAGCAAAACUGGGCUCAAUGGCAGCAAUGGCAACAACAAUAUCAGCAAUGGCAAGCACAGUAUGGAGAAAAGUAUCAAGAAACAAUGAAACACAUGUCAGCCCAGAAUAUGAGCUUAGCCAAUCAGGUGCCACAAUUACCAAUUGUACAACCUCCACCACCUCUUCCAAAAGAGGACACAAAACCACCAUUACCUCCAACUACUAUGAACACAUAUCAAUUUACGAGCAUGCCUCCCCCACAUCAAAACAAUCUUCCAUUAUUUCCCGUUAAACAAAACGUGAAUAGCCCAAUGCAACAAACAAAUAUACAAAACUGUCCUCAAAAUCCUCCUUUACCUCCAAACCAACCCCCAUUACCUCCUGAAAGUAGUAAUAGUAGUAAAGAAAAUAAUAAUUUAAAUGGUAAGCGCAGUAAUAAUACUGUUAGUGAAUCUAAUAGUGCUAAAAAGUUAAAACUUGAAGAUGAAGAAUUAACUGAGGCUGAGAAAACAUUUGAUGCUCAGUUUAAACAGUGGGAGGAACAGUUUAAUAAGUGGAAACAGCAAAAUGCUAAUCAUCCAGAUAAGACACAAUACAAACAAUACGAAGCAAAAUGGACAUCCUGGCGAGAAAAACUCAUUGAACGACGUGAACAAAUGCGUAAAAAACGCGAACAACAAAAACAAGUUGUUAAGGCAGAUGUUGAAAAGAAUAAAAGUUUACCUGGUGAUGAUAAAAUAUUGAACAUUUUGUCAAGCACGGAGAAUCAAGGAUUGAUUAAUAAUUUGUUGGGUAUUGGAAAGACUCUUGGUUUAACUGGGAAGCAAAACACUAACGUACCCCCACCGCCACCACCACCACCAGCUACAGAAUCUUUAGCAUCUAAUGUUCAAACAGCAACUAUGACAUCUUCCUCUCAAGCAUUGUCAACAGCACAAUUACCAGUUAUGAACAUGAUGUCCUCUAAUAUGAUGACUUCAUCACCAUGGAAUUCCCAACAAUGGGCACCACAAUACAAUGCAGGAGUGAAUGUACCAAAUUUUCCUAACUUCCAAACUAUGACUGGUGUACCUCCACCACCAUUUAGUAUGCCACCAACUCAAAUGCCUCCACCAAACUUUACGCAACCACCACCGAAUUUUCCAGCUAUACCAAACUUUUCACAACCACCACCGGGUUUUGCUAGUAACGACUCACGACAGAAUCUUAAUGUACGGCCAUCGGUUCCUUCCAGUAUGCAAGGAAGACCUCCAUCAUUUGGUCCAAAUACUGGUAACACUCCAGAUGGAAAUUUAAUACAUAAUGAACGUCAAAAUCAAGCUGGUUCUAUAAACAAUUUUGAUUCAGUAGGUCAUUCAAAUAAUUUUGGUGUGAAUGAACCUGUUCGACAAAAGGAAGGAGUAUCAGCAGAACGUUUUGGUCAAGAUGGUAUCAGCGAUCAACAAAGUAAUCAGUUCCGAUGUAAUGAUAUGUUCGGUCAGCGGAAUGAAAAUUAUAAAUUAAACGAUGAACGAGUAUCCGAAGCAGAUCAGUUUAGAAGAGAUGAUAGGAACUAUCAAGAACAUGGAAGCAAUCAAUUCAAUCAACAGAAAUUGAAUUAUAAUAAUGACAGAUUUUCCUCUGGUAGCGAUCGAUUUGGACCAGGAAAUAAUCGAUUUGGCCCAACAAAUGAUAGAUUUGGAGCUAGUAAUGAUCGGUUUGGAAUGACAAAUGAUCGAUUUGGACCGAGUGACAAUAGAUUUGUUACUGGAAGUGAUAGAUUUGGACCAGGAGGUGACAGAAUUGGACAAGGAAACGAACCUGUUAAUGAUCGUUUUGGUUCAAAUAAUGAAUCUUAUGGUCCUGCAGGUGAUAGGUUUAAUAGAAAUAAUAUGGAUCGUUUUGAUCAAAAAGACGCAGGAGAUAACAGACGUGAAAGUUUCCAAAAUUCUUCAAGAGGUUUUAACAGAAAUAAUCAAUUUGAACCAUCAGAUAAAUUUGCUCCAGAACUGAAGAAGCUUAUGGAAAAAAGAAGAGCUGCAAUGGAUGUAUUUAAACCAAGUUAUCUUGACUCUGAUAAAAGUAGCAACAUUGGUUCAUUGAGUGAAAGCUUUAAAAAGAUCACAGGUGAUUCUCCAUUCAUGAAGCCUGGUGGAAACAACAAUUUUGGACCUCGUGGGCCUUCCAUCUUUGGACCUGGAGUACCUGCUAAUUUCAGAAUGUCCGGAGAUUUCAAGCUACAAGGAAAUCCUGAAUUUGGACCGCGUUGUCCUACAGGGAUUGGACGCAAUAAUUCGUUUGACUUGCGGGAUGGAAAUACAAUUUCAUUCAGGGGACCUAAUUCCAGUCCACAGCAAAUGCAAGACUUCAUGAAUAUCGAACCCAGACCAGAGAUAGUAAGUCUCGGAAACGAUGCGGACGUAAAUAAUGAGAAUAAAAUUGAACCUAUCACUGUAAUAGAACAAGCAAUAAUUGGUUCAAAUUUAGGUGAACAAAACAUUGAUGGUGCACAAAAAGAUAUUUCUGAGACUUAUUCAGUUCAAAAAGAUAUUCCAUUGCUAGAAAAACCACCUUGGGUCGAUGCUCAACUUCCCGAAGAUAACUCAUUACAAAAGGAUAAUAUUAAAGAGGAAGAAAUUCCAUCUGCAAAUUAUAGUUCCUCAGAACAAGAUCCACAAAAUGCAUUCAAAGAACAGACAGAAGUAAAACAAGAGUUAUCUAAUAAUGACAAUGAAGAUACUGAAAAAAAGCCUGAAGUGUUACCUUUUAUGGGAGAAAAUGAUCCAAAGCCUGAAGAUUUAAAUAUGGAACCACCACCAGAAUUACCUAAUUUAGGUCCUGUUUCCACAGAUACCACUGAACCUCCUGAUUCUAUACAAAGAACAGAUGAAUCAUAUGACACAAAAGAGUCUUCUUUAAAACCGUUUGUAAAUAAUUCUGAGUGUUUUGAUUCUAGAGGACCUUUUGAUUCUGCAUUCUGUCCAAGAAUGCAGUUUAGGCCAAGUACACCCUUCUUGGCCAAUAGAGGUCCUAAUGAUGCUAGGUUUCCCAUGUUUGAGCCUAGGGAUCCAAACACAUUUCCAUUCAAUUCUAUUGGUCCACAUCCAUAUUCAUUAGGUCCUCGAGGACCUAGUGAUGCACAAUUUGGUCCAAGAGGGCCCAAUGAUGGGCAGUUUGGUCCAAGAAGUUCAAAUGAUGGACAGUUUGGACCAAGAAGUUCUAAUAAUGGACAGUUUUGUCCUCGAGGGCCUGGUGAUGGACAGUUUGGUCCAAGAGGUACCAAUGAAGGUCAAUUUAGCCAACGGGGUUCAAAUGAUGGACAGUUUGGUCCAAGAGGUCCUAAUGAUGGACAAUUCGUUUCUAGAAGUGCCAGUGAUGGAAUGUUUGGUUCAAGAGGUCCUAAUGAUGGACUGUUUGGACCAAGAGGUCCUACUGAUAACCAAUUUGGGUUAAGAACUCCGAAUAAUGCUCAGUUUGGACCUAGAGCUUCAAAUGUUGGACAAUUUGGUCCUAGAUAUGAUGCCCAGUUAGGUUUAAGACGACCUAACAAUGGACAAUUUGGUCCUAGAGGAUCAAAUGAUUCACAGUUUGGAUCUCAAGGAUCUAAUAAUAGACCAUUUGGACCUGGUAGGCAAAGUGAUGCACCAUUUGAUAAUCGAGGUUCCUGUGAUUCCCAGUUUAUGCCUAAAGGACCCAAUGAAGGACAAAUUAGAUUUUCAGGACCAAAUGAUAGGCUUUUUGGAUCGCGACGCAAUGACCCACCUUAUCAAAGAAGUCCAGGUGGUUCAAAAGGAGCAAAUGAUGGACAGUUUCCAAAUAGAUUUAAUGAAAAACAGUUUGAUAAUUCUACUGACGGAUGUUUUGGUCCUCAAGGUUCAAACGACACGUACUUUGGUUCACGAGGGUCAGUAGCUGGCUCAAAUGAUNNNUCUUUCCCAUCUCGUGGUCAAACUGACAGGUCUUUCGAUAGCAGACAACUCGAUAUUAGAGGAAUUGGUGAAUUCAGAUCAAAAGGACUGGUUGAUAAUAAUUCUGGUUGCGAAAUUCAGGAGUCUCCAGAAACAGCCGGCGAUGGAGGAGCAUUUGAUAAUAACAAGCAAAGAACAAUCGAGGAGAGUAUGCAACAGGGACUAUUCGAUUCUAAUGACAUGCAGAACCCAAAUUGGAGGCAGGCGUAUUCUAAAAACAGUUUUGGAGAUACCGAUCAAAGACGAGAUUUCGGUUAUCCUGAAAAAUCCUCGUUCAAUCAAAAUCAAAACGAAACGUUCAAUCAGAACACAGCAAAUAACAUCGAAGGAGGAUCUCCUAUGGGCGGAAAUAAAUGUAACAUUCCUGAUAAAAGAUCAGAAAGAUGUAUGAGCGAUACGUCGAUAGGAGAUCAUAAAGUUGGAUAUGGAGAAUCGUCAUCGAGCUCUGAUUAUACGAAAUUCGAUAACUCCAUGUACAUGAAACGAUCCGUGGAUUGCCGACCAUCUCAAAUCAGGUGUCCAACCGUAAAAGAGUUUUGUAUAGAAAAGCAAUUCAACUAUAAUCAUGGUGGCGCUGGUGGUGACAAGAAGUUUAUCGAACACAUACCCGCCAAAGUAAUUGACUAUGCUCAUACUUCUCGUACAUCGAUUCAAGAUCAUUUAACACCUGUGCAGUGCUUCGACUAUGGACAUGGUAAUCUAAAACCACAGGUGCCAGAGCAUGAAGUAUAUCCAAAGAAAGAUUUUAGAAACUGGGAGGAGACCGAACAGAAUUUGAAGGAAUACACAGAGAGGAUAAGAAGGUACGAAUAUUAUGUGACAAAACCAGAAUCCAAGCGAUUAGGAGACUACAACCAAAGAAGAAAUAGCGAAGAAUUUGUGGAUGAUAGAAAACCCGAGAGGGAACGCAGAGAAAAAGAGGAUCAUAAAGGGAAAGAACGCGACGAGAGGAUAUUUGAGCAUACUUCUGACAAGGAUCAAGAAAAUCGAUACGAUAAGAAUUCCACUAAAGAAAGAACGCGGGAAAGAUGUGAACCAACGCAAAAGGAAACGAACAAAGAGAGCGAGAAAGAUGAAGACAGAUCGAAAGGAAAUAUAAACUGGCAGGAGAAUUCAAACAAGAACGUCAUAGAUACAAAGCCAUCAGAUACCAGUGUUACAGAUACUCAGCAUAAUGUAUUGGAACCUACACAAAAAACUUUGGAAUUGGCAAAAACUCCAAAUUGUACAAUGGUGGACGAUUUACUAUGUCCGCCAGGUCGUCAGAACAGACCACCAAAAAUAGCUAUUAUUUUAAGGGGUCCACCAGGGAGUGGAAAAUCCUUUGUAGCAAAACUUAUUAAGGACAAAGAAGUUGAACAAGGAGGUUCUGCACCAAGAAUAUUAAGCCUUGACGAUUAUUUCUUAGUAGAGAAAGAGAUAGAAUCUGUGGAUGAUAAUGGGAAGAAAGUUGCUAUUAAGGAAAUGGUCUAUGAAUACGAGGAAGCAAUGGAACAAAGUUAUAUCACAUCUCUUGUUAAAGCUUUUAAAAAAAAUAUUACCGACGGUUUCUUUAAUUUUAUAAUAUUGGAUUGUAUUAAUGAAAAAAUAUCCGAUUACGAAGAAAUGUGGAGUUUUGCUAAAACAAAAGGUUUCAAAGUAUAUGUGUGCGAAAUGGAAAUGGAUUUACAAAUCUGUUUAAAAAGAAAUAUUCACAAUCGCACAGAAGAUGAAAUAAAUAGAAUUAUAGAUUAUUUUGAGCCAACUCCAAGCUAUCAUCAAAAAUUGGAUGUUAAUUCAAUGUUGCAGGAACAAGCAAUUGAAGAAGUUCAUAUGGAAGAUACUGAAGAAACUCAAGAAAAGUCCUCUCAACAAAAUGAAGAUAGUCAAGAUAGUCAAGAUGAUACUCAAGAUUCUAUUGGAGUGAGCAAAUGGGAACGUAUGGAAGCCGAAGAUAAGUUAGAUCGUCUGGACGGUCUUGCAAAAAAGAAAAAUGAAGGAAAAGUACAGACUAUGAAAGAUUUCCUUCAGGUUCCCGACUAUUAUAAUAUGGAAGAUACUUCCGGUAAAAAACGUGUAAGGUGGGCAGAUUUAGAAGAACGUAAAGAACAAGAAAAAAUGCGCGCUGUAGGAUUUGUAGUUGGUCACACAAAUUGGGAUCGUAUGAUGGAUCCUACAAAAGGAGGAAGCGCCUUAACACGCACAAAGUUUUUCUCACUAUCAUAAUAUAUUUUUAUUCAACUACAGUAGUGUACAGAAGUGAACAUGCGAGACG